CACUUGCACUCUUCAAGCGGGCGUAGUUUGUUUUGGGACUCAAGUCAGCCAGCUAUCACACACCCUUGACCACGCGGUGGCGGUCUUGUUCAAGGAUCCAUUGCCACGUGCUCUCGAAAUCGUUUGUUUCAUCGGAUAAGGCAUGGAUGUCGGUCAGGGGAUAUCGUCCCCGACCACUGGUAUGACAUCACCGCGGUCACUCCAGACACCACCCAACUUGGACAACAUGACAUUGUCGUCCGGCGGAGAGGGAAACCCCCCAUCUAACGGUGGUGUGGUCAGCCCGAAGCAGCAUGUUACAGGACUGUCCCAGAUGGGGUCACCUGGGUCAUCCUUGGGGCGUAGUUCAUCUGUCAGUCCCCCUGGGCCGGCACUUUCUCUCGUCACCACCAAACCAUACCAGGCAACCUCAUCUCAAUCCAACGGAGGUCUUCCUCCAAAUCUUCCACGAUCAUGUGGGCCAAGUAUCAUGCAGCAAGCUCACCAUUCCGUGGGCCAUCCCCAAAUGGGACACCCACCCUUGGGGUACCACCGAUCAUUACAUCCCUCGUCUUCACCACCGGGUAUCGCCGCGGACAUGACGACAAAUGAUUGUCGUCUAAUAGACUAUAGGGGCGCAAAGAUUGCUGCCUUUCUGGUUCAAGGGGACUAUUUGUUGUGCCUACCCCAGGCCUUUGAACUCUUUCUGAAACACCUCGUGGGGGGUCUGCAUACCGUCUACACCAAGCUCAAGCGACUUGACAUCACCCCCAUCGUCUGCAACGUGGAACAGGUGCGGAUUCUCAGGGGUCUAGGAGCAAUCCAGCCGGGAGUUAACCGGUGCAAGCUGCUUUCUUGCAAGGACUUUGAUGCUCUUUACAAAGAUUGUACCACAGCCAGGCGAUGUUUUAGUGCUGGCAGAGAUCUCCCUCAUCAUGACUUGGCAGCCACUUCAUCCAUAUACGGCCCCAUCGACAAUUCGAGACCUGGCAGACCCCCAAAGCGGGUUUCAAUGGUCAGCAUGCCGUCUAGUGUGACGACAAGUGGUCUGGUGAAAAAGUCCCGGAUGGAUGGCGAUUAUCAUGGUUAUGAGAACGGUCACAUAACAGGUGACCGGCUGGACAAACACAUGAUGCCCAACGGCUAUGGUCAUCCAGGCACGACAAGUCAUCUUUCUCCUCUACCCUUCAUGGCUCUCAAUUCCUCCCACCAUAACAGUGUCAUCACAGGAGGCGUUUCCAUGGCGACCACAGCCUCCCACUCAUCCCACCCCACCUCUAGAGGGGAAGUCACGAGGGAACGACAGAUGGGCAGUGAUGUCAUAGCCUCCACAAGAUUACGUGAUGAUAGAGUAGAUGCUUCUGAAGUUAAGGACAGGAUGUAUUAUGAUGUAUCCAGAGCGAAGGAUAAUUAUGUAAAUGGUGGUAGCGGUCAUAGUCCCGUACUCAACCUCUCUCAAAAUAGCAGCCGUGGGGGAGGCGGCGGGGUUGGUGGUGGUGGUGGAGGAGGUCCUGGAGUCCACCUCAACAGUGCAGAGGGCAGUGGCAGCGAAGGGGCCUAUAAUGAUGGCGCAGAUGAUGACUAUAGUGACGAUGAUGAUGAUGACAGAGAUCAAGAUUUCAGUGAUCACCCCGAUGUCAGCAGCACAGCCAACGGCGAGCGAUUGGCUCCUAGUCAAAUGUUUCCAUUCAGUCACCUCACAGUGGACGGCGGAUCCCCGACCGGUCAAGUGGUUUCUUCUAUCGAAACACUCCUCCGGAACAUUCAAGGCCUACUCAAGGUGGCUGCCGACAACGCUAGGCAGCAGGAAAGACAGAUAAACAUUGAGAAAGCUGAGCUCAAAAUGGAAGUUCUUCGAGAAAGAGAAUUGCGAGAGACUCUUGAAAAACAACUGCUUGAAGAACAAAGGACAAGAAUCCUGUACCAAAAGCGCUUAAAAAAGGAGAAGCGAUCCAGGAGGCGAUUCCAAGAGCAAUUGGAAGCUGAAGUGAAGAAAAGAGCCCAAUACGAAGAAGCUCUGAGAACAACAUCGGCUGAUACAAUUCGCCUUCUCAACGACACUCUGUCUCAGGAAUUAGAGAGGGAAAGAAAUUCAAUAGCUGAAAGUGAGAACAAUGGCCAUGAUUGCCAGAUGUCAGCUUAAGGUCUCCAAUCAGAGGAAACCGUGUCAGUAACGUCAUUUCCGAAAGACAAUGUGUAAUAUAAAAAAUGAAUAAAAUGUUUUUAUGUAUAUCUGUUGAAGAAAAAAAGAUUUCAAAUGUAUGAAAAGACAAUACUACAUUUUUCUGUUAUAUCUACUUGUUACGAACUAUGAAUGAUUACGGAAUGCUUAAAGACAUAAAGCAGUGUUCACAUUUUAAACAUUUCACCUUUAACCCUGUGAUGUUGCUUGACAUAUCCCCUUAUCUCAAGAAUCGAAUGAGUUCCAAAUAUGUUUUUCAUGGAAUUGAUGGAAUUUCAUAAAGACUUUUCAGCUUUCUACAUGAUGGAAUUGAUCAAUGAUGAUUAGCAAAACGAUUGUGCUGAAAGGACUGCAUAGUAAUUAUUUAGAAUUCAGCAAUGCAUUUUCUUUCAAGAUAACAGUGUCAUCAUGAUUAUUUAAUUAAUGUUAUAUAUAUUGGUGUGCUUUACAGCAAUAUGAAUAAACUUUUUAUAACAAUAUUAAAUAAACCAUAUCUAUCCUCCUUUUAUUUAUUUGCAACUUUAUUUUAAUUAAUUGAAUUGAUGAAGAAUUCUAAUAAUUUGUCAUUACGUUAUAAAUCAGCAUUUCCAGCUUAAUUAAACAAUUGUAUUUAUGUUGCUGCUUUCUUUCCAGUAAUAGCAAUGUUCAGAGAUUAAGAGCCUUUGAGGUUAAGAAAAUCCUUGAGUUAACUCUAACAAUCUAUUGCACAUUGAUAAGCAUUUUUUAGUGGCAUUGUAUAAAUUCUUUCAAAUUUUCAUUAAAUCGAAGUGUCAAAAACAAGUUGACAACUUUAUAAUAAGAUUGAAAAAGAACUGACAUAAUGAGAAAACUUAAGGUUUAAUUUCUAAAAGAAGAAAUCCGUUUUUGUAUUUGUAAGCAAUCGAUUUUUCUUGUCACAGUUCAUCGAAAUUUUAAAUACAAGCCAUAUAUUUAAAAGAAAUUGUGUAAUUUUAUUGAUUAAAGCAUACCCAUUAUUGUGUAAAAGGCUGGAUGCUUUUGUUUGCUGUUGUCGAUGCUGAAUGAUCAGUUGUGACUUGUUGUAUGAUACGAAGAUAUGAACUUUGUGAACUCUUAAGCGAGAUUUGAAGAAGCAUCGUUUUUUUAAAUGUGCACUCGUUGUAGCUAGAAUUUUUCGAAAACAGUCUUCAGUUUUGUUUAUUGGAAUAAUCUUAGAAAUUAUGCUAUAAUUUCUGAAUAUUCUGUUGAUAUUUAAGUUUUGAAAUGUUACCUGUAUAGUAAAAUUAUUUCGUUUCGAUAUCCAUGAGUACUUUGCUUGCUAAUAUUGAUAACUAAGCCUCAACUUAAACUUAGUAUUGACUGUCAGAAUUACGAGUCAAUAUGGGAGCUAUAAUGUUCAUGUCGAAUUAAAAUCAAUGGAUUUUUUGCAAUAAUUUGAAAUUUUAGUUUACAAAUUUAUGAGAAAAAUAUCUGUUUUAUUACUGAUAGAGGUUAAUAUUGUAAAUUAAUUACGUAAUUUGGUUUUUCUUAAAUAUUCUCUUUAUAUGAAUCGUAUAAAGUAUUCAAUUACAUCGUUUAGAAUCAAUUUUAUUACAUGCUUAGAAAUUACGAAAUUUUUUGAAUUACGAAUUAACUUAUUUUUAAUUUUUUGUUCCAAAUAACAAAUAAUAAAUCAAAUUAUUUAUUAUUUAAAAACAAGUUUUAUUAGAAUGAUUAAAUUAAUAAUUAAUUAACUAAU